UAUGUAGCUUUAAUUGGAAAGCAAGGCAAGAAUUCAUUAUUCAGUAAGAAAUUGAGCAAAUGCAUUAGUACGAUUAAGUUAGCUUAUACUGAGGCUUGUGUCAAUGAAUCCUUACGUCUAAUAUCAACUGUAUUGUAUACUUUAAGAUGUGUAAUUGAUGACGGAAAUGCAUGUGACUUUAAUUAG